AUUUUACCAGCCGACCGGACCCGAACUGUGACUGUGUAAUUGAUUUGUAAGGUAAACAGGCAAUGCAUUAAAUUAUGGGCAACUGAUCGUUGUUUAUCUGAUAAUGGACAAUAAUUCAACGGAGCGCGGGGCAAAGCCAAGAAACAAUAGACACAAGCAGCAGCAGAACAAUCGUGCACAUCACAGAGUCGUGCGGAAGGUUCCUCCGCGUGUCUAUAACGACAAUCGUAAUAUUUACAUUACAAGCAAGUCAGAUAUAAAGGCACAGCAAAAACGAUGCGAGGAUAUCCUUAACUCGGGUGUCAACGAAAUAUACUUGCAUUGCAUGGGCUUUUCCAUCACACGCGGCCUCAACUUAGCACUGCGUCUAAUCAAGAAUUCGGAAGGUGCUCUUAGCUACGCUAUUAACACUUCCACUCUACGCCUGGUGGAUGAACUGCAUCCACUUUGUGAUGAAGACGACAUAACAUUUCGCCACCGCAACAACUCGGCGCUACAUAUAAAAAUAUACAAUAGUAAUCUGUUCAAUAUCAUCGUGCCCAAACUACCAGCACAACCCGCACUUCCAAAGCCUGACCACAGCGAAGACAGGCGACAGACGUAUAGCGCCCGACAGCAAACGCCUCGCAAACCACAACAACAAAAGCAAUUUAAAACAAAAAAAACAAAACCCACAGAUAAAUAAGAAAGCAUGUUCAAACUAUCGGAAUUGGUGCGCUGGC